AUGACCGCAAACAAAACCUUCCCCACAGAGUUAGCUCACACUCUCAAAACACAUAAUGGUCCUGUAAACGCCCUCACCUUCUCCAGCUACCCUGGAACCUACAUCCUCACCGGCUCCUCCGACCGCGCAAUUCACCUCACCCGGGCGCUUCCCAGCAGCAAUAGCAAACCCGGUCCCGUCGAAACCACAUCCCCGAUCCAGAAAUACGAAGCGCACGGCUACUCCGUUCUCGACGUCGCGGUAGCAUCGGAUAACGCGCGGUUCGCGAGCGUCGGCGGCGAUCGGCAGGUCUUUCUGUGGGAUGUUGAACAAGGAGGCACCACGAGACGGUGGAGUGGGCAUGGGGCGAGAGUCGAGGCGGUGCAGUUUGCGGGGGAGGGGGAUUCCGUGGUUGUUUCUGGUGAGUUUACUUUUCUUUUCAUCGCCUAUCUGGUAGAUGCAUUGGAGUAUCAUUUACCUGGGUGUAUAUGUUUCAUCUAUUUAUGUUCCGGAUGGCUCGGGUUGGACUGUGGUGUCUACAUCUGUUCUGAUUGCUUAAACACUGGACACUGGACUGGGUCAGUUGCUAACGUUUUCUACCCAUGUUCGUGGUAUAACAGGAAGCGCCGACACAACCAUAAACCUCUGGGACGCGCGCUCCAACAACUACAAACCGAUCCAAACCCUCCCAGAAGCAGGAGACACCGUAUCGUCGCUGCACGUACACAUGCCGACGUAUUCGAUUGCCAGCGGGAGUUACGACGGACGGGCGCGCAUCUACGAUAUCCGAAUGGGACGGACGUCGGAGGACGUGUUCGCGCACCCGGUGACGAGCGUGCGGUGCUCGGCGGACGGGAAUGCGCUGUUGGCGUCGACGCUGGAUGGUCGCGUGCGGAUGCUGGAUCGGACGGAUGGGAAGUUGUUGAAGGCGUUUGGUCAGGAGGGGCAGGGGUAUCGGAAUAG